UGAAGAGUGUUCGGCGCCGGAAGCGGAAGUGCCGCACGCGCGCGUGUCUCUUUCAUUCAUUGCGGGAGGGAGUUAGCUGGAGUUGAGUGUGAUAUUAAUAAUUAUUAAAGUCAUCAGAGCUGAUCAUGAUUAAAGAGAACUGCUGGAAUAUCCCUGUGAACGCUCCGGCGUGUAUGGAGAGACACCUGGACGCGGUGGAUUACAGAGCAGACGGCGCGCUGCUGCUGGCGGCGUCCAGUCUGUCGGGCCGCUGCUGGCAGGGCUCCGUGUGGGUGUACAGUGACCCCAAACUGGCGCCCAGCGAGGGCUUCUGUAAGGCGGGCGUUCAGACUGAAGCUGGAGUCACGGAUGCGCGGUGGAUCUCAGAGCGCUCGCUGCUGCUGGCCUCAGACGCAGGUUCGGUGGAGCUGUGGGAGCUGGCGGAGGACGAGCGGCUGCUGAUGAACCGCUUCACUCGUCUGGAGCAUGAUGACGUGGUGACGGGUGUGAGUGUGAGCGCCGGCGGGCGUCUCGCCGUCAGCUGUAGUGUGGACUGCAGGAUCAAAGUGUGGGAUCUGAACCAGGAGACCGUCACCAGCUCCUAUAACGCUCACUCUCAGCCGGUCAGCGGUGUGUCGUGUUCUCCUGUCGACGAGUCUCUCUUCCUGUCAUGUGCUCAGGACGGACGGCUUCUGCUGUGGGACCGACGGAAACCCAAACCUGCCUCUCACCUGGACGUGGUGUCUCCCAGCUGCAGCCCCACGGCCGUCGCCUGGCACCCUCAUCAGAGCAGCACCAUCGCAUACGGUGAUGAACUGGGUCGAGUGACUCUGAGGGAUCUGCAGAGGUCGGACGGUGUACAGACGAUAAACGCUCACAGCCGCCGCGUCUCCAGACUGACGUUCUCCUCCGACAGUUCACCCCUGCUGGCCUCUAUCAGUGACGACUGCUCCGUUGCCGUGGUUACUGAAGAGCUCAGAGAAAUUUGCAGGGACCGGCGGCACCAGGAUUUCGUGCGCGGCGUGUGUUGGGCCCCGGGCUGCUCGGCCGUGUUGACCACCGUGGGCUGGGACCAUCAGGUGCUCCACCACAGCGUGUCUGCGCCCUAGAGCAUCAUGGGAAACCACACCAACCUCCAGUUCAUUCCCAUUUCUGUUGUUCCGUCACCAUCAAAUAAUGAUUCAUGAGUUAAAUACAUAAUCAUAGUAGGAUCAGAAUUCAGAACAUGCAGAAAAUGUCUUUUUUAAUAACAGAAAUGGGCAUGAAUGCUGUUCUCUUCUCAUAUUUGGGCAAAAAAAAAAAAACAUUUCACACGUUUCAGUUUAAUAAAGUUUCUGUCAUCUGUA